GCACUGGUGGGCAGCACUGGUGGGCACAGGUGGGUGGCACUGGUGGGCACAGGUGGGUGGGCACAGGUGGGUGGCACUGCUGGGCACAGGUGGGUGGCACUGCUGGGCACAGGUGGGUGCACUGCUGGGCACAGGUUGGUGCACUGCUGGGCACAGGUGGGCGGAACUUGCGGGUGGCACUGCUGGGCACCGAUCAUCAGGGCACUGAUCAUCAGUGCCCUGAUGAUCGGUGCCGAUCCCCGCUCUGACAACUGCCGGUUCUCGGCAGUACUUUCCUCACGAUCUGACAGCGUGAGGAAAGUGCAGCCGAGAACCAGCACUUGC